AUGGCGCCACAAGGUCUAAAAACUGCAAAGCAAACUUCUGCCGCCCGUGGGGGCGGUGCGUCUUACUACUCCGACGAACUCAAGGAGCUGCUCCGCCUACUCAAGGCCCUCCCUGACACCAUUCCCAUCGGUACUGAGCACGACUUCAUCAACUUUGAACCUGAUCCGGAGAAGGUGGUGGACUUCGGCGAUGAGAGGGCUGCUGUGAACCAGGCCGUGGAGGUGUCAUUUGGUGCGCGAACGCUGCCAGGAAAGGACGAAAUGAUACCUGUUGUCUUCAAAACACGUGGGCCUGCUCUAGAAGCAAUCGUCGAAGUCUUUCGUCAGUAUAUCACUGGGUCGGGGGGUAGUAAUGUCAUUAUGUGCAAAUGGGUGGAUGAUCUGCGAAGUUCUGCAAAGAAGGCAAUCUUAGACGCCAAUCAGACGCUUCCUCGGGCGAUCCACACAACUGCUGCCAAACGAUUGUUGGAGGAGGAGGAAAACACGACCAAUUCAGCCAAGCGGAAGAAGAAGGAUCUCGCUGCUGUCAAAGGCCAGUCCAAAAAGGAUCUUGCCGCCGCAAAGGAGAAGACAGAGCAGGGCAAGAUCCCUUGGGACUUUGACGAUCUUGAAGACGAUGUGGUGGAGCCCAAGCUGGCAAAACGCGGUCGCGGAGCUCCCACAAAUAAGCUCCUUGACCGUCUCGUCAUCCCUUGUCAUUCCAUCACUGACAAGACAAAGAAGCGCUUCCGUUGCAUGGGAGACGGAUGUAAAUGGAGCUGUUCGGCGCCACGGAUGUCGGGCCGCAUCCUCCCACAUGCGUCAGAGUGUGCAUACUUCCCCGAGGAGACAAGAGAGGAUGCCUUGAUGGAGAAUGCUGAGGAUGCACUCGGAGCCCAAGUAGUGCUGGAUGAGGACGACGAGGACAACAAUGAGAAGGAGCCGGGGAAGGACGCGUUUGCGGCAUUUGUGAAGACUGGGCAGGACGAACGUGUUGUGAAAACCAACCUUCUUGCACUUGAGCUCUGGUGCAGUGCUGGUCUUGCCCUUCGUCUUUUUGAUGCGCCGCGGUUCCGGAAGUUCAUGAAUCAUCUUGAUCCCAAGAACAAAAUCUAUGUGUCAACCACGUUCUCUGAGAACAAGAUCCCAGCCGAAGCCGCACGUAUCACUGUUCUUGUCAAUCGGCUGUUGCGGAAGCAGCAGAAUCUGACGAUCAGCUACGACGGUGCUACAAUCAAGAAGGGAGAAUCGAUUUACACCUUCCAUGUCACUACCCCGGACACCCGCAUCUCUUACUUUGUCCAUGGCGAUGUUGCGUCGGGGCUCUCGCAUACCGGAGAUCACAUCAAAGCAGCGGCAUUGAAGGUCAUGGAUCGAAUCGGUCGCUCAAAUUUCUCGGCUGUAUCUUGUGACAGCACGGGGAACACAAGACUUUCGCGAGAUCUCUUGGUUGAUGAGAUUCCGACACUGAUACAAGCACCAGACCCGUGCCACCACGCGUCAAAUCUGAUCAAGAAUAUCUGCGCAAUUGAGUAUUUUGUCAUGCCUAUCCUCAAAAUUCGAGACAUAGUCUCGCACUUUUCGCAGUCGACACAAGCCUCUACUCAUCUUGACGGGAUGCGUGUGAGUUUAGGUCUCAAUCAUGGACUUCAGAAGAUCGGAAAGACUCGAUUUGGGACGGUCUUUUGGGCCACUUCUGCACUCGACCCUCUGUUACCACCCAUUCACAUGCUCGUUCAAACGGGGGUCGUUGCUACUAACUCUCAGAAUAAGCAUGGACGCAAUCUCUCAUGGAUGAAGAACCUGCGUGAAUACACCGAAUUCCAGCUUCACGUGAAACAGCUGCUCGCUGUGCUGGAGCCUAUUGCACGAACAAUCAAAUGCCUUGAGGGGACUCAGGUCACCACCGGAGACAUUUGGAUGUUCUUCGUUGCGAUCACUGCGGUUCUCGACGACUUGUUCACCAGUAACGAGCUCGGUAUUCCGGACAACACUAUGGACGAGAUUCGAGGCCAUGUGAACAAUAGAUUCGAGCAAUUGAUUGAGGGACCAGACGGCGGCGUCUAUCUGGCCGGAUUUUAUCUCAAUCCAGACCGUGUUGACAGUCCGAUUUUGCGCGAGACAACAGCCAAUCGUCUCGCCCGUUCAGCAACAGCAACUCCAAUGUCUACAGGCUCAUCUACCGACAAGGAUCUUCGCGAUUCAAUCCCUGCCUAUGGGACAGUCGGAGCGUAUCUUUAUUCGCUGCUACAACGGGAGAUCAAGGCGGAACGAAAUCCGCCGCAAUUUUCAGGGUACAAAAAGAGUGCUGAUGUUCUCGGCGCGUUUCGGGCCCAGUUCGAGGCUUACACGCGUCAGCAUGCGCCGUUCAGUGCUCGAUCAAGUGCAUGGACAAAGCCGUACCUUUAUUGGAUGGCAAUGAGCGAUAGACCCGAUGCCGGAAUUUUGGCGUAUCUUGCAAUUAAAGUCCUCGGCAUUCUUCCAAACUCGAUGGCCGAAGAGCGGACAGUUUCUAAUUUCACCAAGCUCAACACCAACGACCGCGCAAAUCAAAGUGCUAAAACCAUCAUUGCAAUGACGAAGAUUCAGCAGCAUCUUCGUCGAGAAGAUGAGCGCAAUUCUCCCGUUUGUUCAUUGCCCAAGAGUUCAAACUCCCUAUUGAUUCGCUUCCAGGAUGAUUCGGCCAAACAUCCACCCGUUCUUCGAUGGCGCGCGGUGAAAAAACUUAUGCCAUUCAAGACAGGACAGUCAGCAGAGGCGCCCGCAAAUGAGACCGAUUCAGAGAUCAAUCAGGAUGGGCCUCUAUCCGAAGAAUGCAUGGCCGGAUUGCAAUGCCUCGAAAAAGACUCUCCCGGAGAAUGCGACAAAUCUUCGCAUGCUGCCACUUUCUUUGGCAUUGAGUCUACCGGUGUCAACUUUCGACAUGCUUUCUUUCGCGAUCUCCUGAGCGACGAACCUGUCAUUGGUGCAGAUGAAAUUAAAUCUCUUGGUGAGACUGAUCUUGGAUCCCAAAAUACUGUUGGUAAGGGUAAGGUGAAACUUAUUAUUGAUGACCUGAUGGACGAGGACGAGUUCUAG